CAAACGCAAGUGAACUGGCUACACUGACAGAUUUAUUUUGACAAUAAAUAAAUAGUUGAAUUAAGGAAAUCAAAGCGAGAAAUACGAUUUUCCGGAGCCAGUAAGCUAACUUUAAAAAGAACAAUGGUCUGCGUGCCCUGUUUCAUCAUUCCACUGCUUCUGUACAUUUGGCACAAAUUUGUGCAGCCGAUAAUCCUGCGCUACUGGAAUCCAUGGGAGAAGAAGGACGCCCAGGGCAAUGUGAUCCAGAAGGGUCCCCACUUCCCCUUCGAGUGCAAGGGCGGCGCUUGCCCCUUCGUUCCGGGGGCCAAGAAACCGGAGAAGGCCAGUGCUGGCCCCGCCGAGGAAUCCCAAAAUCCGCCAUCGAGUGCAACAGCAGCACUGGCAGCGGAAACGGAAGUGGACGAAUCCAAGAAGGAGAUCUAGUCGAAAUGUUCCAAAUAUUGAUAGUCCGUUUUUUUUUUGACAUAAUAACACAACGCACACAACACAAGAACACUAAUCCAAACUAAGAAGGUUUG